UCUUCUCUCUGUAUCAUUUCCGCCGAUUCCUUGUUACUGUUUUUUGCUUCUCCUCCAAACACAAUUUAGGUUUUUGGUUUCUGAUCGUUUUUCUUCCACAUUCUUCAAGUCGUCAACCAUUUAUUUCUAGGGCCUGCCGUUCUUGCAAAGAUAGCUGCCAUUAAUAUGUCAGUAACCUCGCCCUGCUUCAAUCUCAUCCAUUCCGCCGUUGCUUCCUCCCCAGAUGCCUUUCCUUCGAAACUCGAAGUUAGAGCUUCGGGAUGCUUUACAUGGCCUUGUUCUGAAUCUAGGAGCUCCUUUAAGGUUGUUUCUCUUCAUUAUUCAUCUAAUGUGAGCUGCCGGAUUCCACUUAAGUGUUUUUCGUCCGAGGCGGCGGCUGAGACCAUCGCGGCGGCGAAGGACUCUAAGGUCUUUGAUACUGAUUUUGAAUCUCGAAUAGGUGGGGAUGGUGGUUUUGGAGGAGAUGGAAAUGGUUUUGGUGGCAACGGCGGCGGCGGUGGCGGCGGCGAUGGAAAUGGUGAUGGUGAGGAGGAGAGGGAGUUUGGACGGAUAUUGAAAUUCGACGACGUGAUCAAGGAGGCUGACGCUCGAGGAGUUAGACUUCCUGAGGAUAUGCUCGAGGCUGCUAAGGCAACCGGGAUACGGGAAGUUUUUCUUCAGCGUUACUUGGACUUGCAGGGGUCAGGUUGGUUGUUAGGCUUCUUGAUGAAUUCCUGCUCCAUGUUUCGUGACCGAAUGCUAGCAGAUCCUUCUUUUCUUUUUAAAGUCGGAACAGAGGUGGUCAUAGAUUCAUGCUGUGCUACAUUUGCUGAAGUUCAGAAAAGGGGAGAGAAUUUCUGGGCAGAGUUUGAGUUAUUUGCUGCUGAUCUUUUGGUUGGUGUUGUGGUUGACAUUGCUUUGGUUGGUAUGUUAGCACCAUAUGCUCGUAUAGGACAGCGGCCUGUAUCAAGAGGUUUAUUAGGACAAAUGCAGCGUGCUUAUUCUUCUCUUCCUAGCAGUGUUUUUGAAGCUGAAAGGCCCGGGUGUAAAUUCACAGUGAAGCAGCGAAUUGCAUCAUUUUUCUAUAAGGGUGUCUUGUAUGGCUCAGUGGGAUUUGGAUGUGGUCUCAUUGGCCAGGGGAUUGCUAAUUUGAUCAUGAACACAAAACGGUGUAUAAAGAAAUCAGAUGAGGAUGUGCCUGUGCCUCCUCUCAUUCAGAGUGCCGUUCUCUGGGGUGUUUUCCUUGCGGUAUCUUCCAACACUCGUUAUCAAAUUGUGAACGCACUCGAGCAGGUGGUCGAAUUCUCGCCUUUGGCAAAGAAGAUUCCACCGGUGGCAAUGGCCUUCACAGUUGGUGUGAGGUUUGCCAACAACAUUUAUGGUGGUAUGCAGUUUGUGGAUUGGGCCAGAUGGAGUGGUGUUCAAUAAAUUUAACAUGCUGCAUUAACUUGCCUUAAAUCUUUUUUUCUUUUUUUUUUU